CUCUCUUUCCUUCUAAUGGGUUUUGUUUUUCAAGAAUCAAACAUUGAGGAGACUGUGCGAGCACUGAAAGGAAAGGAUGAGGUGAUUGCUGACAAGGAGAAGACAAUAAAAAAGAAGUCAGAGAGGGUUAAGUCAUUGUCAACUGAGUUGGCUUCUCUACAGAAAAAGGGAACACUAGAUGCCGAGGAGCAAGUUGGAAAGGCUCGUGCACGAGCUGAUCAGCUUGAAAAGCAAGUUGAGAGACUAACGGAGGAAGUUGAAUUGAAGAAUAAGGAGAAAAAAGACUUCGAAGCACAUAAAGGUGAAACUGAGAAGAGAGUAACUGAGUUAAAUUUGAAGGUUGACAAGCUCCAGAAGACCAUUGAUGAACAGAAGGAGAAACUGCAAAAAACUGAACGAGCUCUUCAACUUGCUGAGGAGGAAAUGAUUAGAGCAAGGUUUGAAGCCACAUCGAAGAUGAAGGAGCUCAUGGAGGUGCAUGGGGCAUGGCUUCCACGUUGGCUGGCAGUUCAUUGGACUCACUACCAGUCUCUCUUGGAGAAGCAUUGGCAGGAGCAUGGAAAACCUGCCAUGGACAUAAUGAUACAGAAGGCAGUUGAGAAGAAGGCCCAAGCUGAGGUAUGGGCUGCGCCACAUGUAGAAACAGUCAAAACAAAAUGGAUGCCAGCUGUGAAGGAACAGUGGGUGGUAAUCACCACUAACCUCAAGCCACAUGCAGAAUUGCUAAAGACCAAAACAUUUGAGAUUUAUGAAACAUCUAAAGGUGCCAUAACUCCACAUAUCGUCAAAGUUCAGGAACUAGCAGAACCCCACGUUCAGGAACUUAAAAAAUUCAGCAAGCCAUACAUUGAUCAGGUUGCCACUGCUACAAGACCUCAUGUUGAAAAAGUCCGUAUUGCUGUAAAGCCAUACACAGAUGUGGCAGUUCAUCAUUAUGGGAAGUUCCUUGAAUCUGCAACAGUAUACCAUCAUCAGCUGCAAGACACAGUCGAUGAAACACUGAAGAAACAUGAGCUUACAAGACCUCUUGCAACAAAGGAGUUUGUCUGGUUUGCUGCCUCAGCGGUUUUGGCUCUGCCUGUUAUGAUACUGUUCAAACUUUUGUCGGCCAUUUUCUGCACAAAGGCAAAGAAACCCAGCCGAAAUGGUCAUUCACACCAUUCACGUCGUAAGGCCAAGAGGGUACACGCAGACAAGUAGGAAGUACAUUGCUUUCAUCAGAAAUCAAGCGCUUUACAGUCACAGGUUGGUUGUCAUUCUGUUGCGCGGGAUGUUUGAAGUGUCGAGUCAUCGUGCAGAACCUUCUUGUUUUUGAAGUUUCUUGCCGUAGGUUUUUCAUGAUGUGCAUAAAGCAUAAAUUGGGGAUACAGAGGAGUAGGUUUGAUAUUUUUUUGGUGUAUCACUGCUUUUGCUUUGGUUCGUGUAACUAUGAUCUGCGUGCUGUUACGUUAGAAACUUGUCUCUUUUUCCACAUCAAAGUUAUAUUGACUUAGUUGUAUUAUUUAUUAAAAUACAAAAAAUCUUGUCUUAGUUGUAUUAAGAUCUGCAUACUCAUAUUUGAUAUUAUCUUUUCUAAUCA